AAAACACAGCAGCGCUGGACGCGGCGCGGUGCGCGGCAAUUACCACCGUCCACGCGGGCCACGCGGGCCAGGCGUGGCGCAGAAGACCAGGUCCUGCUGCCGGGGCAGCCCGGGCAGCCUUUCGACAAGCAGAGAUCAGUCAGUCGGUCAGUCAGUCAAGCAGAGCUCCCACGUAAAAAGGCAGCCAUCAAAUGGACCGCGACCUCGCGCGGGCGCUGGCCAUGUUCGACGCCGAGUUUGGACGCAUGAGUCUCGGGCCGGCGCGGCGUGAGAGCCCACUCAUGCCCGCGCGCCGCGGGAGCACCGACGCGAGGCGCAACCCGAUUCCCUGGGGCGCGCCGGCGCGCCGCGAGAGCGCUGGUCGCCCGUGGGACGCGCCGCCGGCGCGCCGGAACGACGGCGGCGGCCGCCAGCGAACACCGGGCGGCUACCGGGGCCGCCUCGCGCAGGAGGGCAUAUUGCCCGCGGACGCGACGCCCAAGCGGAGUAGCACGCGCAAGCGGCCCGACUCCAAGGGCGACGCCAAGGAGGCGCGCGCGGCCCCGCCCGAGAAGCGGAGCCCCCGGGCGCCAGCCGAGCCGAAGCCAAAGCCGACGGACCCCUUUUCGCGCCUCGUCGAGGACGAGAUGUUGCUGAACGAAGAAACGACGCGGUGGGAGGACGUCGGCGGGCUCGAGGCGACGAAGCAAUUGCUGACGGAAGCUGCGGUCCUCCCGAUGCUCAUACCCGGCUUCUUCACGGGCGUGCGGACGCCCUGGCGCGGCGUGCUGCUGUUCGGGCCGCCGGGCACGGGCAAGACUUUAUUAGCUAGAGCUGUGGCGGCGCAAGCGCGGGCGGCCUUCUUCAGCGUCAGCCCCUCGAGCCUGCUCUCGAAGUUUGUCGGCGAAAGCGAAAAGGUCGCGAAGGCAGUGUAUGGCUGCGCGCGUGCGCGGGCACCGGCGGUCGUGUUCUUCGACGAGAUCGACGCGUUGGCCAGCCGGCGCGGCGCGGCCAGUGAGCACGAGGCAUCAAGACGUUUGAAGACCGAGCUCCUGACCCAGAUCGACGGCAUCACUACCGGAGCCUCGGUGCUGACGCUGGCGACGUUAAGCCCUGUGUGGAAAUCAAAUUUCAGGCCACGCCAACCCACUGGUUGAUUUCCACACAGGUCGAACCGCCCCUGGGACUUGGACGAAGCCAUGCGUAGACGUCUUGAGCGGCGUAUCUACGUGCCGCCGCCCGACGCGACGGGGAGGGAGGCGAUGCUCAAAAUCCACACGACGGGUCUCAAGCUGGCCGCGGACGUGGACCUCGCGGAGCUCGCUGACAGACUGGAGGGCUACAGCGGCGCCGACGUGCAGCUUGUGUGCCGGGACGCGGCGAUGGCGCCGAUCUGUGUGGAAAUCAAAAUUUUACGGCGCGUUCGCGCAGAAUCAUCGCAUCGUCCUCCACGCCAUCGACGCGACGCCUGCUCGAUGGCGUGGCGAUGUCGGUUCCUCACCGGCACCCGACACAGGCGCCGAUGCGCGCGGCAAUCGCGGGCAAGAGCCCCGACGAGAUCGUGGAGUUGCAGACGAGAGGGGAACUGGAGGGCGAAAUCACUUCCUCUGAUUUCCUGGGCGCCGUUGAAACCACACCUCCGUCCAUCGCGCCCGGGUCCCUGAAGCGGUUCGAGGCGUGGAACGCGGAGUUCGGCUGCGAAUUGAGAGCACCGCCGGCGCGGGAGGUAGCAGAGGCGCCGGCGGCCGCGCCGCCCGAGGCGGAGGCGCCGCCGAACGACCUGGACUAAUUGCUAUUGUGUUAUUA